AUGACUCAAAGUCCAAACGAAUUAUCUGGCGAGGAGUACUUAAAACAGCACAACGUCGAAGGAAUUCUUCAGGAGAUUGUUGUAUCCCUUUUGCAAAAUCGUCCCACUGAUGUUCGCAAGUAUAUCAGCGAGAUGUGGCAACAAGCACCAAUACCAUUCCCAUCUAAGAUGAAUAAUGGAUCUGGACAAGCAUACUCAAGCAUCAACUCUCAAAAAGUCCAAAAUGCAGUUCCAACACGUAGAAUUUCAGCCGUUUCUCCAGCAGCUAUCCUCAAAAACCGUGAUGAAAGGCGCAAAGCGUUUUCGUCAAAAUCAAUUUCAGCUACAACAAUGGAAAUACCAAAACAUCCAAAAACUCCAGAAGAAUAUACCCAAAUCGAAACAAUUUGCAAGAAAGUUUCAUUCUUAUCAUAUCUCAAGAGCGAUCAACUUGAUGCACUCAUUAACGCAUUCUUCAAGAUGGAAUUCAAAGACAAAGACGUUAUCAUCAAACAAGGCGAUAAACCAGAUAAUUUCUACAUUAUUCAGAGCGGUAACGUAGAUAUCUGGAAGAAGACAGGUGAUGCUCCUGAAGUUAAGGUCAUUACUCUCUCCGAAGGCUCUUAUUUCGGUGAACUCGCUUUGAUGAGUGGCCGUACAAGAGCCGCAACUGUUAUCGCAGCAGGAACAGUCUACUGCUGGGCAAUCGAUCAGACAACAUAUUUAUAUCUUCUUAAGGACAUCCAUUAUCAACGUCGUCAAAAAUGCAAAGAAAUUAUCUCGGAAGUUCCAAUUUUCAACCAGUUACCGGACUACCAGGCUAUUCUCGUUGCAGAAGCAGCCGUUCUCGAAGAGUAUCAGCCAGCAACUACCAUCAUUAAGCAAGGAGAAAUUGGAAAUAAAUUCUAUGUCAUUCUUGCAGGUACUGUUGACGUUAUUAUCGAUGGAAAGAAGGUCAAUGAACUUGGACCAGGCAAAUACUUCGGCGAAAGAGCUCUCAUUUACAACUGUGCUCGCGCUGCUACAAUUAUUACAACUUCCCAGGUAAGAAUCGCUUAUAUUUCUGGAGAAGUCUUCAGAAAGAUCUUGGAUAAGUGCCAUGCAACAUUCAAAAACAAUGAAUUGACAUAUAAGAAGGCAGAAUAA